GGUCGUAAAUGCAGUGUCCCAGACUGUACAGGGAAUGGUGACACUUCUCAUAGUCUUCCCAAGGAAGCAACCACUCGACAGGCAUGGCUGAUGUUUCUCUAUAGGGAGAUCCCUGUGAAGUUCGAUACUCAAUUGUUAAUUUGCUCGAUCCAUUUCACCCAAGACAGUUUUCAAAACUUUGGACAAUUUAGAGCAGGAUUUGCUAAGCUGCUGUUGCUGAAAAAAGGGGCUGUUCCAACUCUAUGGUCCUCACAACCACAAGCUAGUACAUCACAAGAUCGACAACACAGGAAAGAUGCAGCUUGCCAAACAGAUGCUCCGAGUGUGGCAUCUAGGGGAACACAACUGUCUCAUAUGACAUUAAGACCUCACAUACGAAGCAAAGAGCAACGAGGUUGGGGGAAGCUCAAACAUGGAGAAGGAGGGUCUUAUGAGAAGUUUGGACCUCCUACAUGGAAGUGGUGUGAAGUUGGACUGUAUUAUUACUGAUCGUCACCCUCAGAUCCGAAAGUUCCUGAGAGAACGUAAAAUCUCCCACUACUAUGACGUAUGGCAUGUAGCAAAAGGCUUGUCAAAGAAGCUGCAACAACUUGGCAAAGACAAGGACUGUGCUUUGGUGAAAAAGUGGCAUAAGAGCAUAGUCAACCACCUGUACUGGUGUGCCACAAGCUCCGUCUCCGGACCAGAGAAGGUAGCGAAAUGGAAGUCUUUGUUGAACCACAUUCAAGAUGUCCACAUUCAUUCUGACCCAGCCUUCCCCAAGUGUGUACAUCCACCAAAGGCCUCAAAGGACCAUAGCAAGUGGUUUCAACCAGGCACGUCAGCACUAAACAGACUUGAAAGGGUCCUAACAAACAAGAGAUACCUUACUGAUGUCGAAAAGCUUAGCCAUCAUUUCCAGACAUCAACUGUGGAGUCAUUCCACAGUGUCAUCCAGCGGUUUGCUCCCAAAAAUGUUGUUUUUCCCUUCAUUGGAAUGUUAUGCAGGUUGUAUCUUGCAGCCAUGCACUUCAAUGAGAAUGCUGAUUGCCCACAAUGGAAGACAGAGAAGGGGAAACUAAUGUACAGGCUUCUGUUCCCAAAGGCCAAAAGGGGAGGUUACACCGUCAAACAAGUGAAGACAGAGCCAACAAUUUGCUAUGUCUUAGACCUGAUGCAACUGGUGUUCGAGGAGAUCAUCCAUGACCCCAUUCCUUAUCUGGAAGCAGUCCAGCAGCUUCCUGUGCCCCAGGACCUGUGUGCUCAGCUCGACAGGCCUUCCAUGGACGAUGCUGUUGCUGACCAUGUUUCACGGUUCAGUCGAGGGGGGGUCUGAACCCGACAUACUGCCCUGAAGCAUCCAGAAACUCCCUCCGUAUACACAGCACUACACAAGAGGGGAUCACGACACGGACACUUCUACCAAGAAAACCCCAGCACCAGCUCACAAAAGUCCUAUAAGCCAUGUGUCUGCAUGGCCUGCAAAGAGAACAUGGUGUAGUGGACAAUCACAUUUUCUAUCUUUUAGAUUUCAGAGUAAUGAUGAUUGUUUUGAAACAAAAUAAAGUUUUUCAUUUUGUAGUCUUGAUAAUACUGUGUUUUUGUAAUAAUGCUGAACCAAUAAUCAAUGGGUAUUGUUAUAAACAUUUUAUUUAUAUGCUUGAACUUCUAACAGUGGUAUCGCAUUGGCCUCACCUUUCCAUCCCUAUGAUUCUCAACUGGCCAUGGUCAAC